ACCCUCUCCCUUGAGGCACAAAUCCCAUUCCUUCUUCAUCCUCCAACUCCACGCCCGGCCAUCGCCGCUUCCAUGGCUUCCCUUUCCGUAACGAAAACGGCGGAAGAGCCCACGGCGGAAAAUGGAAAUGGUGCCAGAAAGCAGCAGCCCAACAUCCGCGGCCCCACCUCCGGGAAACACCCGACAUACCGAGGAGUUCGGCUGAGGACGUGGGGGAAGUGGGUGUCGGAGAUCCGUCAACCUAGGAAGAAGUCCAGGAUAUGGCUCGGAACUUACAGAACGGCCGAGAUGGCGGCUCGAGCUCACGACGUCGCCGCACUGGCCAUCAAAGCCCACUCCGCCACGCUCAAUUUCCCCGACUUGGUUCACAGGUUUCCCCGCCCCGCCACCACUUCCCCGAAAGACAUCCAGGCUGCCGCCGCCAGAGCGGCCGCCGGAGAGUUCUACGAUGAACCGGAAUCAACGCAAGAACCGGCGACUGGGUCUCAAGUUGGGCAGGAUGAAGACGCAUUAUUUGAUCUUCCUGAUUUGGAACUGGAUUCCAGCGUGAAUUAUUCUUGUUCGGUGGAGUUCCGGCUGUCGUCGUGGCUGCAGCUGACUGGUUUUCAACUGGAGGAGCCAUUCUCGUGGGAUCAAAACCAAAACCAGGGAGCUUAACUUUCUUCUUCCUCUACAUACAGGGUCUAUAAUUAAAUUCACAUUUUACUAUGUAAUUAAUUAGGUUCAUGGAUUGUGAGACAGAAUCCAUGGCCGUCUGGCUUGCUGCUCCCGAUCUUGAGGCGAAAACGUAAACUAGCCGCUGAGGCAUUGUAUACUGAAUAAGCGCAUUGUGUGUACGUAUCUAGAUGUCUAACACUGAGAUAUCCUUUGACUUCUGUUGCCAGUGAUAGCCUAGCGGUAGUGA